AUGGACGCGUUUCGGAAGCAGCUGGACGUGCUCAUGGGCGCCAACCGCAACGGCGAUGUCGAGGAGGUGAACCGCAACUACUACGACCGCGACGUCUGCCGCCUCUUCCUCGCGGGCCUUUGCCCCCAUGACCUCUUCCAGCUCACGAAAAUGGAUCUCGGUCCUUGUUCUAAGAUUCACUCCCUUCAACUGCGGAAAGAUUAUGAAGAAGCGAAAGCAAAGGGAACACAGAAUUUUGAUAGAGAACUCGAGGAUAUGAUAGAAAGGCUCAUUGUGGAGUGCGACCGGAAAAUUCAGAGGGCCCUGAAACGGCUUGCGGAUGAUGAUGCCAAUGCUGCUAUUGCAAUAUCCGUCUCUGAGGUUACUCUGACGGAUGACAUACUGCAGCUGUCAAAACAGAUCAAGGAAAAAAUGAUAGAAGUCGAUGCCUUUGAUUUUGAAGGGAGAACUGAUGACAAAAUAAAGGCCCAGGAAGUAGUGGAAGAACUCAGAGCUAAAAGAGCUGAUAUGCAGGCUACCCUCUUGCUUGAUGCUUUUAACAAGGACAGAGCUUCAUUAACUCAGCCUGUUCCACCUCCUCCUCUGGCAGCAGUGCCACCACCGCCUCCACCCGAUGCUCGUACUCAAGAAAUGAUCAAUGAAAAGCUUAAGAAAGCUGAAGAGCUUGGUGAACAAGGCAUGGUUGAUGAAGCUCAGAGAGCUUUGGAAGAGGCAGAAGCUCUGAAAAAGCUGGCGCCACGUCCGGAGCCACCUUCAGACCCUUCUAAAUAUACCGCCGCUGAUGUUCGGAUUACUGAUCAAAAGUUACGCCUCUGUGACAUAUGUGGAGCAUUUCUGAGUGUAUAUGACAACGAUCGACGUCUUGCUGACCAUUUUGGAGGGAAACUACACCUAGGCUACAUGCUGAUUCGCGAGAAACAGAAAGAACUUCAGGAGCAGAGAAAUAAAAGGAGGACGGGCAAAACUGAAGAUGAUAGACGGUAUGAUCAAGAGAGCACAGCAAGGAUCGCAACGGUCGGUCAUCCAGGGAUAGAGAUUCAGAAAGGAGAGACAGAGUUGAGUCUCGAGAUGGUAGAAGAGAUUAUGAUAGGGAUCGUGAUAGACGUCACGAUAGGGAUCGUCGCCAUGACCGUGAUCGGGAUAGGGAUUAUGAGCGCUCCCGCGGACAUGAUUCAAGGAGAAGAGAGCGUUCACGCUCCAGGGAGCGCAGCAGGCGCCAUGAGAGAUACUAAAUGUUGCUCCAUGGCUGACAGAUUUAGGAGUGCUGGCGUCUGUUCAAGAUAUGGUUUGAGUUGUGGUUUGUAUCUUCUGAAGGCAAGUGAUCCUUUGGUGAACGACGACCAGGCGUCCAUUUUCAAGAACCACCAAGAAACAGACCAAAACAUUUUCCCUCAUCAAUCAUGGCAAAGGCCAAAGGAGGCAUACAUCUACUCGCAGUACAGCAGAUUUCUUGUAUGGUAUGAACAAAAUAUUCAAGGCCUGAUGAAGCUUUCCAUCCCACCGCCAUUGCGUCUAGACGGCCUUCCGCUGGCGGACCUUGAAGCUGGUGGAGCGGAUGACGUCGUCGUCGGCGUUGAGCCUCAGCUGCAGGGCGUCCAUGGACUCCGGCUUGGUGAAGUAGGUGAUGAGGAGGUAGAUGCCGUCGUAGUAGGUGGACGGCAGCCCGGUCCGGCUGUUCCUCUUCCUGAUGCUGUAUGCCAGCGGGAUGACGCCCCGGUUGAAGACCUCCACGUACAUGGCGCCGCCGGCGACGAGCAGCUGCAGGCACAGGGAGGAAGCACCAAGCUGAGCAGGAAUGGAAUGGUACGCAAAUGGCAGGGGGUAAGGGUGCUGUGA